AUGCAGCAGCAGAAGAGAAGAGAUAAUGAUAUGUCUUCACGGCAAUCAACUGAUCAACAGCGACAAGAAGCCAGCGACGCUGGUAACAAUAGUCUAACUCGACCGAACGAAACUGAUGUUAGUGCAAAUAAUGUCGCAGAGAACUAUCCACCGCGAGCAGGAGUUAACACACGUAGUCGUCGUCGAAAUUUUGAAGAUUUUGUUGUCGUUUGGUUAGAUGCCAACAUCUCAAUAACGAAUGACAAUAAACAGGCGUUCGCGCAAUUACGAAAAAUUGUAAAUCGUCUAGAGACUUUUAACAGCACCGAUGAAUGCGUUGAUUAUAUUACCGACAUUAAAGACGAGAAAGUGUUUCUAAUCGUGUCCGAUUCCUUUGGCGAACAAAUCAUUCCUCGCGUUCACGAACUUCAGCAAAUCGCUUCGAUCUACGUCUUCUGUUUUAACAGAGAACAUCUUGAACAAUGGAUUCAAUCCUUUAAGAUUGUUGCAGGUGUUUAUGCUGAUAUAACACCGCUCUGUGAACAACUGCAAAAGGACAGAAGAACUGCAGCGAACGAUCUCUUGGGAAUCCAAGCAGUGAGCUCUAUUUCUACAUCAUUUCCAGGUAAAAUAGGUGUUGCUGUUCGUAUUAUCAAGUCAUUAUUAUCAACGUCAAAAUUAUCAUUUAUAUACGCACAACUGUUAAACGAGAUUUUAUUAGAAUUUUCUAAUACAGAGCGGAGUAAAAAAGAAAUGAUUGAUUUUUGUAGAGAACAGUAUAGCGACAAUGAAGAUGAACUACACGUAAUUAGUGAAUUUGAAACGUCGUACGUUAGCGAGAAUGCGAUUUGGUGGUACAAGAAGGAAUGCUUUCUCUACCGUCUCAUAAACAAAGCACUUCGAACACAAGAUGUGGACACACUCUACAACCUGAAGUAUUAUAUACAAGAUCUUCAUAAACAAAUCGAACGAAAGCAUUAUGAAUUUCUAAACACAGAGAGAAUACAAGAUACCAGUGUGAGAAGACGACGACCAUCAGCACUCCGUUGCUUACUCUGCCAGUGCUCUAGAGACACUCUUCACUCAAAACACGUCAUCGAAACAUUAACGGUUUACAAAGGAUUUGGUAUGCCACUCGAUGAGUUUAAAAGCUUAAAGAAAAAAAUCGGUGGCUUCGCGUCAAUACAAACCUUUAUGUCGACGAAUAGAGACGAGAGUGUUGCUCGUACUUUUGCGAGUAAAUCAAUCGGAAAAGCAGGUAAAAUUCCUGCAUUACUUAAAAUUGAAGUUGACAUUGAAAGGUGUAAAACACCGUUUGCCGACGUUCAAACACAAAGUGAGUUUAAAUAUGAAACGGAGAUUUUAUUUACUACAGGAACUGUAUUUCGAAUAAAGUCAUUUCGUUUGGAAGAAGGUGUUUGGAAUAUUUCACUGGAAUUAGCUGGAGAAGACGAUAAAAAAUUAUGUUUCGAAUUGUGUGAAGAAAAAAGACAAGAUAUCUUUAAAGGAGAUACUUUGAUGAAGUGGGUAAAGCUAAUGUGGGACAUGGGAGACUUGGAUAGAUCGGAGAAGUACUAUAUUAUGUGGCUUCAGAACUCAUCGUAUAGAUAUUCCAUGCUUUAUUGCGGUGCUGAUUUGGUGCUCUCAUGGGCGAAAGAGAGAAAGGAAUAUAAAGAAGCUAAAGAAAACGCUGAAUCAGAACAUCAAUCGUUACCUCUACCUUAUGAAAAUUUAAAGCAUACUAGAGUGUAUGGACAAAUUAGAUUUGAAGAAAAUAUAAAAUACUUAACAGAAGCAUCUAGAAUUCAUUCUACCGGUCUUCCACGCCCUCAUACACAGGUCAUUGUCAUUGACGAUCGCAAACUGGUUGAAUAUAUGAAAUGUGUUUUUAGUUAA